AUGUUGGGAGUUAAUAACCAUGGUCAAACAAUUGUCCUAGCAUGCGCAUUUUUGAGCAAGGAAACGACUGAGUCGUUUAUUUGGAUGUUUGAGGAGUUUAAGAAAGCCAUGCCAGGUGGCGAACCUAAAACGAUCAUCACAAAUCAAGAUGCGGCAAUGAGCAGAGCGAUUUCAAUAGCCUUCCCGACUACAUUUCAUCGACUUUGCAUAUGGCACAUCACAUCAAAGUUCUCUGUUAAGUUACCACAUUCUGCUUAUAAGGAGUAUUGGGGUGAAUUCCAGAAAGCCAUAUGGGAUACUGACAAUAAGGAUGAGUUUGAUGCAAAAUGGAAUAUUGUGGUUACAAAGGCUGGUUUGACUGACCAUCCAUGGCUAAGUUCAAUGUUUGAUUUAAGGGAAUCUUGGGUUCCAGCCUACGCACGACACUUUUUUGCCGCUGGAAUGUCAAGCAGCCAAAGAGCGGAAUGUUCUCAUGGUUUCUUCAAGCAAUACAUAUCAAGGAGAAAUUCGUUGAUGGAUUUCAUAAUAAGAUUUGAGAGGGCACUUUCUCAUCAACGUCAAAAAGAGUUAGUUGCUGAUCACGUAGAUGCAUUUGAAGUGGCUCAAUGUAUUCUACCGAUGCCCAUGAACAAACAAAUGGCUACCUUGUACACAAGGACAAUGUUUCAAAAGUUUGAGCAAGAACUAAUACAAAGUACAGCAUGUUUCCUAGAGCUGAAAACAGAGGAUGCUUCUAAAGUUGUCUUUAAUGUGAGCGAAAGGAAAAAUUGGGAAACAAGAGUGGCAGAAGUCAGGUGGAAGAAAAUUGCGAAAUUUGGAUUGGUGUCAGAUGCAAAUGGCAACGAAAUUAAAGACUCUGCAAAUCCUGGUCUUUUAAUAAAGCGGAGUACAAUGUCCCGACUUGCUUCAGAUGUGGUUGAGGAUGCAUUAAUGUGUGAAGAAGGAUGUGAGCUACUGUCAGAGACUCUAAAAAGUUUGCAGGUGAAGUUGAAGUUGUUGAAGGAUGGACCAAGUAAUAACGAAGUUGGAGGGUCCAGCUCUCAAACACAAUAUAUGAAAGACCCUAAGAGAGUAAGGUGCAAUGGAGGGUCGAAACGAGUAACGGGAGCAAAGGAAAAGGCAAUGAAGCGAGGGAUUAGACACUGUCGGGAGUGUGGACACAUUGGUCAUGAUAGAAGACAAUGCCCAAGAAAUUUGAACACACCGACAUCACCAUCGAACAAUGACGAAUCAACUCCAAUAGAUCUUAAUGACCCAUUAUUCGACGAAUUUUACAGGAUGCACGGACCAACUCAAUGA